CGUCACUGACCGGAGCCGGUCACGUGACUGUAGUGCCGUUUCCUACUUCCUGGUUUUUUUCGCCUACUGACAUCAGCCGCUUGUCUCGAAGGAAAAAUGUCCCAUCAGACUGGAAUUCAAGCUUCUGGGGAGGUGAAAGACAUAUUUGCCAAAGCCAGGAAUGGAGAUUAUAGACUUCUGAAGAUUGUGAUCAAAGAUGAGCAGCUAGAACUCGGUGACACCAAGCGGGCAUCUAAGAGUUGGGAGGAAGACUAUAAUUCCUUCGUUCUCUCUCUUCUUGAUAAGGAUCUUCCGUGCUACGUUUUAUACAGACUGGACUCCUCUAACAGUCAAGGACACGAGUGGGUCUUCAUCGCCUGGUCACCAGACCACUCUCCGGUGAGACAUAAAAUGCUUUAUGCUGCUACCAGGGCUACGGUGAAGAAGGAGUUUGGAGGCGGGCAUAUUAAAGAUGAAAUUUUUGGCACUGUAAAGGAUGACAUUUCUCUGAGCGGUUACAAGAAGUACCUCAUGUCCCAGGCUGCACCUCUUCCACUCACUGCUGCUGAAGAAGAACUGAAGAAGAUUAAGCUCAGCGAGGUGCAGACCGACAUCGGCGUGGACACCAAGCAGCAGACGCUGCAGGGUGUCGCGUUCCCUUUGCACGGAGAUGCCAUGCAGGCGUUGCAGAAGUUCAAGGACAAGAAGCUCAACUACGUCCAGCUGAAAGUCGAUUUUGUCAAGGAGCUCAUCAUGCUGUCUAACACCGAGCUGACGGAUCUGAAAGAUUUACCCAAGAGGAUUCCUAAAGACGCCGCACGCUACCACUUCUUCCUCUACAAGCACACACACGAGGGAGACUACCUGGAGUCUAUAGUGUUCAUUUACUCGAUGCCUGGCUACAGCUGCAGUAUUAAAGAGAGGAUGCUUUACUCCAGCUGUAAGAAUCCUCUCAUAGACAUGGUGGAGAACAAACUGCAGAUGGAGGUAGAGAAAAAGUUGGAAAUCGAUAACGGUGAAGAGUUGACCGCUGACUUCCUGUACGGAGAGGUUCACCCCAAACAGCACGCACACAAACAGGCGUUCGCUAAACCCAAAGGUCCCGCCGGAAGGCGAGGCGACCGCAGGAUCACUCGACAUCCCGGAGACGGCGAGGAAGCCGACGAUUAAUCCGACCGCAUUCCGUCUUUUUUCCCUGUGGAACGUUCCAAACAGCGGAGGCCUGUUUUACACAAAGCUAUCUACCUUUAAAAAAAAAAAAAUAAUAAUAAUAACACAGCAUAUGUAUAUUUUGCCCCCAAAUCAACAGCCUCAUAAUGAACUAUGCACGCAUCCAAACUUACUCAUGUGGUGGUUUGACUUCUGUAGCUGACUCAAUUGGUCUGAAAACAAAACAUGAGCUAAAAGUGUUCUAAUUAAUGCCAGGAAUCUUCCUCUUAGUGCAGAACUGAAAAAAAAAAAAACCCAUACACACGACACUGGCAUCACUGUAAUACAUACCACAGAUUUAAACAAUUAGAAAUCAUGAUAUAAAGAGGCACCAUUCAGGUCUGUAUGUAGAAUGUUCUGAAAAUCUCACGCAUCGUUCAGCGAGCGCAGUAAGAAUUGUUACGUUAUCGGACGGUUACUACUACUUUAGCACGAGCAUGUAAGCUCUGAAAUGUGAACAAAGGACAAAAAAAACCUCCACAAAAUCCAUUUAUCUUUUUUUUUUUUUUUUUUUUUUUUUUUUUUUAAUUCCAACUGUGUAAAAAGUUUUGUAUUUUUACACGAGGCCUAAGUUAUAGACGUAUUCAAAGAUCACAACAAAAAAACACUGUACGCUCAGCUCACAUUUACGAACUCCGCUCAUAGAUAUUUUAACGUUAGACGUCGCUUUUUAUAUCGCAAUAAAAGUAUCGUUUUUGAUAUAUAACUGACUGUCACUUGCUCAUCUUCCCAUUCGCAGAGAAAAGUUUUGGGUUUUUUUUCCCCUACGUAACGAUGCAAGUCGCGUAGACCACAGGCUUGUUUUGAUCUCUGUAGCGUGGCUUAGUUUGGCGUUCUGUCUAAUUUAGCUACCGUUUACCGGGGGGGGAAAAAAAACGAAACCCAG